GGCAAUUGUGGUGCAGACAUCCAGCUGCUCUUCUAUCACUCUGCUCUCGGUGAUGCUUAAUAAGAUUAGCUGUUCGCCUUGGCCUGCAUCAGUGCAAAGGGGUCAAUCGCAGGAUUAGCACCUUGCUUAACAGUUGCAUCAGUUUAUUACUUUCCCCUCCUCAUUACUUUCACAUACCCACUUCUGGCUGUUUGUGGGACAUUGUUUUUAGCCUCCAAAGCAUUUUUAGCCCAAGUAAUUUAGUCAUUGGAGUGGAAUCUGUGCAUUAUGCAGCUUUGGGACUGAGUCUGUCUCACCCCUCAGCCAUCGAAUGAGGGGGAAGUCUUUCAGGGGAAGAAGAAGAGCAGCCGGAGGAGUGAAGGACAGCUGGGCCAAACCUACCUGCUGUGGCAGAGUCUGAGACUCUGGGCGAGCCAUCCUCAUGCCACUUGUAAAUAACAAAGUAGGCGAUGAUUGCACAGCAGGCACAGAAAAGGCUUUGGUCGAUGGAAAGGCUCAGGUGGAUUCUCUGAUAAAGGUGGUGGCAUGUUACCGGCACUUGGCCUCAUGUGUCGGUGGUUGCACGGACAGCUUGCAGCUGCGGGAUGAGUUGCGUCAAACACGAGAAAAGGCCCUAACGUUGGCCGCAUCCAUCUGUCAUCAUCUGACCUCACAUCUCCGGAACAAGAGCCUGCCUGAGGGGCAGCGGAAGGAGAUGGAGCUCCUGUGGGUGGCCUUCUCCUCCAGCCUAGAGCUCCUCCACGUUGACAUGUGCAAAGUUUUCAACAUCAGUGACAUCUUUUCUCUGGCCAACACUGUUGCCCUGGUCCAAACUGGCCUACAAGGAGGAGGCAGUGAAGUAGCAGCCCGGGCACUCAGUCUGCCAGACCUGAACCUGGCUCCGAACCCAACCCUCCCUGCUGGGCUGGAGAGCCAGGAGCGCAGCACCAUGGAGCAGGAGAUCAGCCAAAUGGACCACAUGAUCGAGGACAUGGAGAUGAAAGUGAACGUGAUGCGCUGGAUGGUGGAGCCCCAUGGGCCCCAUGGGCCCGCAGAGGCUCUCAGCAGCAGCGACAGCGCCUCCCUGGCCAUGCUCUCAGUGGACGAGGAGCAGCCUGGACCCCCGCCUCCAUGCCAGCGCAGUCGCAUCUCUGUGCUCUUAUUGCUGGUUGCUGUUGUUUUGGUUGCAGCCACAUUAUCUGUCUGUAUAAUAUUUUUCACAUGAGCAAAACCUUAACAACUUGUUUUUUUUUCUGUAAAACUUCAACAAUGCUCAGUAACACUGACUCUUUGCAUACUUGUUAUGUCAAAGAAUUU